AUGCCCCGCGGCCCGCGCCACGAGCCCACCACCAUCCUGAGGCCGAUCUCCCCGCCUCUGCUUCAGCGCCUGGUGCUGUACCAGGCCAAGUCGCGGUACUACCUGCUGGGCUACAGCGGUGACGAGGCCAGCUGCCGGCUGCUGUCCUUCAGCCGGGUGCAGCCCUUCACGGCGGAGCCGCCCUCGGAAGAUCCCAAGACGUACACGCCCGAGGAGGCGCGCGCCCACCUGCAGCAGCUGCACAAGCUGGCCUUCGCCGAUGGCGGGUUGCAGAUCUUGUGCGAGGCCUACGGUCUCUUGGGAUGCUUCCGUUUCCUUGAGGGCCACUACUUGCUGCUGAUCACCAAGAGACAGCCACUGGGGAGUCUCUGUGGUCACCAGGUGUAUGGGGUGGCAGAGACAGCGCUUGUGCCGAUUGAGAACCCAGUGGACUGCGCCGCUGAGAAGCGGUACCGCAAGAUUUUGCAGAAUGGUGUCGACCUCACAAAGGACUUCUUCUUCAGCUACACAUACAAUGUGUGCAGCACAGUGCAGAAGAAUCUGAUGGAACCUGACAUUGGGGACCCCUUUGAAGACAUGUUCGUUUGGAAUGGGUACCUAUCAAGGGAUCUUCGCCUUGCCCUGUUCACAACUAAUUGGGUGGUACCUUUGGUGCAUGGCUUCUGGGAGCAGCGGUGCAUGUCUGUUUUUGGGCGGGUCAUCACUGUGACCUUGGUAGCCCGCCGCUCUCGGCACUUUGCUGGCACUCGGUAUCUUAAGCGAGGAAUCAACAACAAAGGCUGGGUGGCAAACGAGGUCGAAACGGAACAAAUCGUUUCUUUGGGCAUCGACUCCAGUAGCUGCUCGCCAUCGCUAUCGUCAGUAGUUCAGUUGAGGGGUUCCAUCCCUUUGUUUUGGAGUCAAGACUCUUCGCCACUGCAUCCCCGGCCCACCAUCGUGCUGUCCAACAACGAUCCUCUGUACACUGCGACAGCACUGCAUUUCCAGGAUCUACGUGAGAGGUACUCUUCGCCCAUUGUUGUGCUCAAUCUGGUGAAGGCACAGGAAAAGCAGAAAGAGAAAAGGGAAACGAUCCUUAGAUCUGAACUUGCCACCGCCCUCGAAUACCUGAACUCCCAGAUCCCCGCGGAAGAGGACCGGAUUGUCCACAUAGCGUGGGACUUCAAAGAACGCAUGAAAAAGGACGGAAGGUCAUUCUUGAAGGACUUGGAACCAGUGACACACAGGUGCCUGGACUCCACAGGCAUGUGUGUGGUGCCCACAGCCUCGUGCAGUGACUCCGAGGAUUGCCUGCACAAGACCAAAGCCCGGUUUCAGCGGGGCAUCGUCCGCUCCAACUGCAUUGACUGUCUGGACCGCACGAACGUGUGCCAGUACGCUUGUGGCAUGGUGGCGCUGCAGCACCAGCUAAGGGCACUGGGCAUGCUGUCAGAGGCCAUAGAGCUGGAGACUGACUGCAGCCUGGCGUACCACGUGAUGGAGAUGUAUGAGAAAAUGGGGGACAGGAUAGCACUGCAGUACGGGGGAUCGGAGGCCCACGGGACGUUUUUCCACCGGAUGAGGGGCGCAUCUGAGGUGGGAGCCCAAACGAAGGAGGCGGUGACGACCAUAAAACGUUUCUACAACAAUGCAGUCACAGAUGAUGCGAAACAGAAGCAGCAAGCCAUCAACCUAUUUCUUGGCAACUUCCAGCCUCACCCUGACAAGCUUGCAUUGUGGGAGCUGGAGACUGACCACUACUUGCAUGGCAUGGAUGGGGUAGCCUUGCCUGGGACUUUGCCAGGGAUGAAGGGCAUGCUGCCGAGCAGGAGCCAGUCCAGCGCAUCUGUUGGUUCACGAGCAACCAAUCACUCCCCAGUGGGUCGGUCUCUUACAAAUGUGGAGGUCUUCAAGAUCCCCGCAGUUAGCGACGACGCUGCUCCUGACAAGCGGUGGUCAGGCAUGAUGGAGGGCUUGGGGAAGGGUGGCCGUAGCGAGGGUGGUUUCUUCAAGUCCUUUUUCAAGAGCUCCAAGGACAAAAAUUUGGAGUUCAGGCCACCCCAGAGGGACAGACAGCUUGUGUACUUCGACAAGAAACUGGAGGACCAGCCGAUCUACCACGUUCGGCUGCAUGACAGCCUAAGAGGGGGAAACCGUUCGCUGCGCAGGCGAUCCUUUCAACGCUCCCGCUCGAGGACGGGCUUACCAGAAUACCUGGCAGACGUGCCCCUGUUGAACUCCCCUCCCAGCACACCCCGCAUCCCCGAGACAGAAGAGGUCGACGACCGGCAUCCCAGCUUCACCAAACGUGCAAAGGCUGGACUCCAGGCGCUGGCCAAGGCGCCGAAGCGCCUGCGGGAGAUCCGCCUCGCCGAGAUCAACCCCUUUCCGCGCCCCCACUCCUUCUCCACGGCCACCCGCGUGCCCAAGCUCAACCUGGGGGCCUCGCCGCCCCCCUCGCCCCAGAGCAAGCCCACGCGCGGCCAGGCGGCUCCCGUGUCCGCCUUUGCAGGCAAGCCCCAGUUCGAGGACGAGCAGGAGGACCACCCGCGGCGCCUGGUGCACUCCAGCAGGACCCACCGGGCGUUCUCCACGCCCGCCGAACUGCCGGAGGACGUCAUCGAGGCGGCACUGCGGGCUGAGAAGGGAAGGUGCCUCGAGCUUGGCGCCGACCCCUGCAAGCAUGUGUGGGACGACCUCAUGUCUGUGACGGAGGCCAGCGUCGCUGCUGAGGUCAUGACUGCGGGUGUCGUGAUUGGUGCGGGGGACAGUUUCUGGGACUUCGUCACGGACUCCCUUGGCAAGUGGACAGAGGAUGCAGGGGGUGCGCAGCUGCCCUGUCCGGCCCCUGUGGGCCCAGAGGCGGACCCCUGGGCUGAGGAGUCUCUGGGCCUGCCCUACUCGGCUGUCUCUGAGGGGGCGGGGCAGCUGAAGGAGGCGCCCAAGGACGCAAUGAAGCUCUCCAUGGUUUCCCGCCCGUUCUUGGAGCCCAACGUUACUCAGUCCCGUGUCGCGGCUGCUGGCUUCCUGCAGCCCAACUCGAGCUUCCAAAAGCGGACAGAUGGGAUGUGGGCGCUGGAGAGCAGGCAGCCGCAGCAUGCAGGCGCCGAUUUCGUCCACAUCGCCCAGGACGAUCGUCCAGACCUGGAGCAGCUGCAUAGGUACGUAGCCUGGGCUUCAAGUCCCGUCGACGACUUGGAGGUGGAGGAAUUGGAAAGAUUGCUCACGCGGGCAUCGGAGGCCUACGGAUGA